GCUUGCUUGGAGAUUCUGUCGGCGGUCGAUGAGGUCAAGGCGGGAGGAUUGAUUAGAAGUUUGCAGGCAGGACCAUGUCGGACUUCUCUGGCUAAGACCCCUGCUCAUACGUAUGAUGAGGUGUUGAGGAGGUGUAGGAUAUAUAUUAAUCUCGAGGAGACCGAGGCAGAGUUUGCCAAACUAGAGGAGUUGGUCGAGGGGAGUCGAGGAAGGAGAAAGCAAUGUCACCUAAAAGGAGAGCCUCGCCCAGGAGAGAGGGGCGAGCUAAGUAGGAUCGAGGACGAGAGGACAGAUGGAAGGACCGACCUAUCUCUAGAGGGAAAAGAUUCCAUGAUUACCCCGUUGAACGCGAAGGUAGCCGAGGUCUUGAUGGCCAUAGAGAAAGGGAUAGAUGGGAAAGAUGUGACGUGGCCGAGGUCGAG